ACGUCCCCGGGACCGGGGAGGGGUCACGUGAGCGAUCAGCCCGGUUCGGCUCGGGUUGCCUCUUUGCAAAACUUGGCGCCCGCGUUGCCCGCUUUGCAGGACGCGCAGCUGCCAUGGCCGCGGUGGGGAAGGCGCUGUCGCCCCCCUACCUGCCCCCGGGACUUGCCGGCGAAAGCAGCGUGAACAGGGCCAGUUUUCUGGGGCCCCGAAUCCCUCCCCAGGUGGAAGCCAUGGCGAAGAGCCUCCAGGAGCUAGAAAAGGACGUUUUCCGGAAACUCCUAAAAGCCACCAUCAGCGCAUUGGAAGGAAAGGAGUGUCAAGAGUCGGUAAAGAUGAUUGCUGAAAACGCUAAUCUGUCAGAUGAGCAGCUUGCGAUCCUUGUAUCUGGCAUGUACACCCUGCUCCGUGAAGCUUUGAGGCUUCCUGCAUCUUCUCUCAAACAAGAAGUGUUCAAAGAAGAUUUGAAAUUUCUCAGAGUACCAGAGGAGUUCAUUGCUGAUUUUGCAACAGUGGUCUUUGGGAACAGGCGCCCCCUUCUUGAAGCUGCGCUUCAGAAGCAUGGGAACAGGCUUCCCAGAAUUGAAGACUUCAAGUGGCGGGUCGAUGUUGCCAUUUCAACCAGCUCUCUGGCUCGUGUUUUGCAACCAUCCAUUUUAAUGCGGCUGAAGCUCUCUGACGGAUCCACUCAUUGCUUUGAAGUCCCAGUUGCAAAAUUCCAAGAAUUAAGGUACAACAUUGCUCUCAUCUUAAAGGAGAUGAAUGACAUAGAGAAAAGAAGCAUUCUGAAGAUACAGGACUGAACAUUUUCUUAAAAAUAUCAGGUUUUCAACACAGGAAGAAUUACACUCAGAUGCACAGAAAACACGAGGACACCUUUUUGGGAUUACAUGUGUUGUUAACACAAUCUUACAGAAGCUGGCUGUACAUUUUUUUAUUAUUUUUUAUUAUUAUUUUCUUGGUCAAAAACUGCUUGUUAGAAUGUUUUUACAUGAUUUUUUUUUUAACUUUGAAUUCUGCGUAUAAACGUUAAUAGCAUAAUUCCUAUUGACUUAACCCCCUUUUGUAUGAUUCAUCCAAACAUUUUAAAAAUAACUAUCCUAAUGGACACAGAGCCUUUUCAAAUGAACUAUGAUUCAUCUUCCUGGUUUA